GUUCAGUCUGAUGAUGCUCAGAGGAUGCUCUGCUGAUUCUUGGGGAGUGUCCCUCUGUGCUACAGACACUCGUUCUGUAGCGGAGCUCUUGUGAAAGGGAAACUAACUGGAUACUGCAGUGUGGAAACAUAUGCGUGAUGCCUAAACUGUCAUUUCUUCAGUGUUCAGCAGAGACAACGCUGUUCUGUUUCCAAGCUCUUCCUGCGGGUGUCCUGAGUAAAAUGCAUUUUCCGUGGGCUUUCAUACACUGUCCCCUCGCAGUGCUUCUGUGGACUGCACCUGUCCUGCUGGGGGCAGGACAGCGGGUCUCUGCGCUCCGAGGCUGCGCUGACACGCGGCAGGUGUACGCGGAGAAGGGCUACAGCACUGCCAACGCUCCGGUCUCUCAGAUCUCCGGUGAGCACUUACGGCUGUGCCCUCAGGACUACACCUGCUGCUCCAGUCACAUGGAGGAGACUCUCGCCCUUCAAAGUGAGAGGGACUUCCUCAAAGCAGUGGAAGAUGGCAGCCAGUUUCUGCUGACUACUUUUACACAGAGACAUCGUAGGUUUGAUGAGUUUUUCAGAGAGCUUAUAGACCUGUCGGAGAAGUCAAUGAACCAGAUGUUUACCAAGACGUAUGGGAGACUCUUCACUCAGAACUCUCACGUUUUCCAGGAGCUGUUUGUGGAGCUGCGCAGUUAUUAUUCAGGGGGCAGUGUAAGUCUCUCUGAGGUCCUGUCUGACUUCUGGGCCCGUCUGGUGGAGAGGGUCUUCUCUCUGGUCAAUCCCCAGUAUCAUUUCACAGAGGACUACUUGGAGUGUGUCAGCAAACACGCAGAACAACUACAGCCUUUUGGAGAUGUGCCACGCAAGCUGCGCAUCCAAAUUUCAAGAGCUUUUAUUGCAGCUAGAGCUCUCUCACAAGGCUUGGCAACAGGCCGGGAUAUUGUCAACAAAGCAACAAAAUUGACAGCAGAUCCAGAGUGUGUGCGUGGUCUGAUGCGCCAGUGGUACUGCCCCCUGUGUCGUGGGAUGACCUCACUGCGGCCCUGCCACUCUCUGUGUCUGAACGUGAUGAAGGGCUGCCUGGCCAAUCAAGCUGAUCUGGGCACCGAGUGGAACAAUUUUAUUGAUGUUCUGUACCAAGUUGCUGAGAAGUUGGAAGGGCCAUUUAACAUAGAACUUGCAGCAGACUCAAUCUCCAUAAAAGUUUCUGAAGCUAUCAUGCACAUGCAAGAGAACAGUGUGAGCAUCUCAAGUAAGGUAUUUCAGGGUUGUGGGAACCCUCGUCCAACUCGUUCCAAGCGAUCAUCCAAAGACUCCGAAGGAAACCGGAGACCCUUCAGGACCUACACUCCCGAAGAGAAACCCACAACUGCUGCAGGCACCAAUCUGGACCGACUGGUCACUGAGCUGAAGGAACGUCUCCGGCCCAUGCAGGGCUUCUGGGUGUCCCUCCCACACACCAUCUGCAGUGAGGAGAAGAUGGCUGCCGACGUCACCAACGAGGACCGCUGCUGGAACGGGCAGACGCGGGGGAGGUACUUACCAGAUGUCACUGGGGAUGGCCUCAUCAAUCAGAUCAAUAACCCCGAGGUGGAAGUGGACACAAGCCGGCCAGAUGUUCGCACCAGACAGCUGAUUAUGGAGCUGCGCAUGGCCUCGAAUAAACUCAAACAUGCUCUGACAGGACAAGAUAUGGACUUUGUGGACAAUGAGGGUGAGGAGGGCAGCGGAUCUGGAGGUGGAGAGCACAUUGAAAGAUACAAUGACGACUGGCCAGGCUAUGGACCACACUCUCCAUCUUUCAACAAACCUCCACACAACUCUAACCCGGUGAAGCCCUCUCGGAACCGGGACAGAAACGGCUCCAAGUGGAACAAAAGUGGUCAUGGCAGAGCCAAAUCAGCAUCCUGUCUGCCCACCCUCUCUGGGCUUCCUUUGUUGUGUCUGCCUUUUAUGGCCAAUAUUGCCCCCAUAUGGAGAUAGUUGGUCACUACGUCCCAGAGAUUGUAUACUAUGCUGCAGUGUUGAAGCACAACAUAAAGAAUUCAUUACAUUUGGGUACACCAGCAAAAAAAAAUUACAGUUGUUCCAGCAAUAUAUAAUCAUUCUGAGAAAAACGCAAUUGCAUUUUAUAAGGAAGUAGUUUUUUUUUGUUUUUUUUUAAUAUGAGCACAAUUUGUAAAACUAAUCAGCGCAACUGUUGAAUCAAGUUAAAUUUUGAUAAGAUGCAGGAAUGACAGUGUUGAGUCUACUGUGCCACUGAUUGGAAGUUCAUCAUACUGUAUUUUGGCACUACACUAUGAACUCUUUAUUUUUGUUGUAAUGCAAACCCAAUGGACAUUUUGGACAAUACCCAAAGCUCUUUGAAUGUUUUUAAUUUGUUUAUUUUUGUGUUGUUUUGUAAUCAAAUGUCUUGCUGUUGCUCUUUUUAUAAAUCCUAGUUUUUUUUGUAAGAUCAAAAUUGUUGCAUCUCAGAAUACUGACUACAUUUUCGGUAGUGUGUACUUUUUGUAUGGUUGUUUUAUACUGUGUUUGCACCGGCUGUGUUAUUGAAGUGUGAUUUUACACGAGUGCUUUUUCAAAUAUUUUUAAAGAGAGGGCUGACUUUGAGAAUGAGGAAUUUUGAAUGUUUAAAAGAUAAUACUGUGCUUAAAUCAUAUCAGAAAGGUUGUCUUGAUGCAGAAAUGGGUCAUGAUAGUUGGGUAGCCUAUUCAAUUGAAAAAUAUGUGACGAUCUGCAAAAUCUGCAUUUGGAAAUAAUAAGCACACUUGAACGCUUUUCGUGUAAUUAUAAAAAAGACCCAAACUUUUAUUUUCGUCACCCCUU